AUGCCUACAAGCGGCCUUAAAUUCAAAUUUCACUUUGCUCUCAAAAUAAAAUUAAAAUCUUUGCAUUUUUCAUGCAAAGGUUUCAGUAACAUACCAACAUUAAAAGUAAAAGUUUUUUAUGAAGAAGAAGAUGAAGACAAAAUAUCCAAAACACCAGAAAGAGUUCAAAUAAUUGAAAUGAUAAAUAAUGAUUACAAUAUAAUGUUUAAAGAUAAUAUAAAUAAAGAUUUUUAUUUACCAAUAGUUUGUAUAAAUGGAAAAUGUCCCAAAUUUAUAAAUAUUAUUUGUAACAAUCAAAAAAAAACAGACAUUGGAUUAAAAUUAUAUUUAAGUAAAUAUUAUAGCUUUUUAAAAUAUUAUAGCUCAUAUAAAAUAUACAAAGCAUAUAAAUACAACAACAAUAACGUAAAAGGUCAUGUUGAAUUAGCAAUAGAUUUAAUUAGUUGUGAAAAUCCUUAUGAUUAUUUUGGAAAAAAUAAAGAAAAAAUGGAACAAAAAGAUUACUAUAUUUUAGCAACUAAAGUAUCAGUUAGCAAAUUAAAGAAAGAAAUGAUUAUAUUUAAAACUGACAAAGAUAUUGAUAUGCAUAUGGAAUCUUUUAAAAUGAUUCAGAAGAAUGGUAUUAAAGAAAUUCCUUUAUCAAAUAAGAAAAACCUACUUAAUUUGUUUUCUUCUUCUAAAAAUGCUUAUGAGAAAAUGCCAAUUCCUCUAAUACCUUCUUCCAAUUUAUUUGAUAUUCUUCUCUUAGAAAUAUUUCCUCAAUAUAGACAAAAAAAACCAUACUGGCUCAAAAUUGUUAAUGAUGCUUAUGAUUUAUACUUAUGCAAUCAUUUUCAAUAUUACAACAUGGAUAAAGAAAAUCACAUGUAUGCGGAAAUAAAAGCGUGUGCUCUAUUUUUUUACUUAGAAAGUAUAUUUGUUAAAAUAGCAUCAAACUUUGCUAAAAAUGUAAUAAUUCAAGAAUAUACGAAGUACACUUCUUUUAGAUAUGUUGAUAAACUAUUUUCUAAGAAAAGCAAAUUACAACACAAAAUAGCAUUUAAUCAUAAUUUUCAAUAUGAAAAAAUAAUAGGAAAUAAUCCAUUAGAAAUUUUUAAGCUUUUUAAAAAUGAUGAAGUGUAUGUAACAAAAGACACUGAUAUUAUUAGAGAAGGAUUAAUUGGAAUUUUAAUAUUUGGAGAUGAUAAGACGGAUGUAGAUAGUGCUUAUAAAAAAUAUAAUAGUGAAAUAAAAGCCCAACAAUGGAUAAACAAAGGAAUAGCUCAAGUUAAAAUUGAAAAUUUGAAGGAAUUGAAAAAAAAACUCAAACAUAAUAUAAAUAAUGAAAAGAUAUCUUUAUCUAAACUAUCUUUUAAUUUAAGCACUAUUGUGUCAUAUAAAGGAUUUAAAAUGUAUGUCAUACCAUCUCCAAUUUUUCCUUUAAUUGUAACUAAAUUAAAUAAAAUUGAAGGAAUUUUAAAAUAUGAAUUGAAAUUAUUAGAAAAAGUUAUUCCUACAUAUGGGCUAUUCAAACAGGAUCACUGCAAAAAUGCAUUUUUUAUACAAUACGAUACACAAAAUAAUUAUGUCUUUUAUAAUAUUAACUCUAUGAUGAAUAAAUCAAAUAAGGAUAAUUUUUCAUUUUUUGAUAAAUCUAAAAAAGAAUAUUACGACAAUGAGGAGAAAGGUGACGAUUUUUAUCCAGUAAAAUCAUUUUAUUCCAACUUUCUAAAGAAAUGUAAUAAUAUUAACCUUUACGAAGAAGUUAAUGAAUAUGAUGAAAAAAAAAAUAAUUAUUAUAAGUUAAUGGAUAUUCAUUUACAGAAGGUUGUAAGAGAUAUAGAAAGUUUAUCGUUUCAUGUUCCUUUUGAUAGUAUAUCUUUAAAAACAUUUCUACAUAGUAGAGGAUUAAAAAUGAAGCAUUUGGGAAGAAUGCUGAAAUUUGUAACAUUUAAAUGGCUAUAUAACAUGAUUUAUAAUGAAAUAUUAAUUCGUUGUAUUAAAAAUUUCAUAUUUUUUUGCAUACGAGAAAUAUGCAUAUUCUAUAAAAAAAAUAUAAAUAACUAUUUAUUCAAUGAGUUUCAGAAAUAUGGUAAUAAAUUCAAAAAGCAAAAGUCCAUUAUUUUGAAUAAUUUAAAAUCAAUAAAUAAAAAAGAUAGUUUUAAUGAAAACAAAGAUGAAGAGGAAAUAGAAGAAAACAUGAUAAAUUCUUCUGAUGAAAGUAGUGAAAAAUUGAAGGAUUCAGAAAACUAUGCAUCAUACAGUAGUAGUUCAAGAUAUUCGAUAAAAUCAACACAAAUUUACUUACCAAAUGACAAUAUUCAGAAAAUGUAUUUAUGUUCAAAACAAAAAGCUUUAAAAACAUUUUUAAAUAUAUCUAAAAUACUUAAAAAUAAAAUGAUUCUAGAAAAUCAUUUAGAUUGCAACUUUUCCUUGUCCUCAAAGCUUCUGAAUUUUUAUCGUUUUAAAAAAUAUACCAAUACUGAAAUGUACAGUUUAAAAAAAUUAGAUAAUAAGGAAAUACUUUUAGAUAAUUUAAAUCUAAUUAAAAAGAAAUAUAAAGGAAAUAUAACAAUUAUUGAUAUGUUUAUAAUAAAUGUUUUUAAUUUAAUAUUAACACAAAACUAUUAUACAGAAAAUAUAUUGUUAGAAGUAAAAAAAUUAUGUGUGAAAUUGUUUAAUAUUAAAAAUUUCAGUCCUAUAGAAUUGCAUCAUAAUUAUAUAUAUGAAAAUUUGCAGAAAUGCUUGGGUAUUCUUUUUUUUCCAUCUUUAUUAGAAUAUGAUGAAAAAAUAAAAAAAGCAAAUAGAAAAUUCGAAUUACAUCAUUUAAAAGCAUAUAGUAUCAGGAUAAAAAGAUCUAUUAAUAUUAUGUAUAUUGAUUUACCAAUUUAUAAAUAUAUUAAAAAGCCAGAAAAUAUUAAUCUAGAUAUAAAUAAUGAGAAUAAACAAAUUUUAUCACAUUCGAUUUUCUUUACAAUGAUGUAUCAUCAUAAUCUUAAUAUAAGCAAUAAAAUUUAUACAGAACAAUUAAUAGUGCAUGAAAAAAAAAACAAUAGAAAAAAAAAAAAAAAAAACGAUAAACAUGAGAUGGAUAAUGAAGAAAAAGAAUAUGAAAAUAUAAAAGUAUAUAAUAGUUAUAAUAAUGGAUACAAAAAACUUAAGAGUUUAAAUAAAAUUUUUAAUUCAGAUAAUUAUGAUAAAUUCAAUGAAUCAUUAUUUCUAAAUGAAAAAAACAAUAAUUGGCCAUAUGACAUAAAGUUAAAUUCCUUAUUAGCAUCAAAAGAUAGUAUUACAUUGUAUAAUGAUACAAGCUAUCUUACUUUUUACGGUUUACUAAAUAUAAUAGCUAUUGGAAUCAAAUUUAAUUUUUUUAAAAGUUCAUUAAAAAUAUCUAAUUAUGUUUUUAGGUAUAUUUCUGAAAAUAAUGUCAUUUCUGUUCAUAUUCGUAUUAUGUGGUUAUCUAUGUAUGUAUUUAAAAAUUAUUACUCAAAAUAUCUUUCAAAAAAAACAGAUAUAGAUGCAAUUAAAAAUAAGUUAUUUAUAAAUUAUUUUUAUACAAAUCAAUCAUAUGAAGACAGUAAUUCUAAUAGUUUUUAUGAUGAUAAUGAUGUACUUAGAGAAAAUUGUAUAAAUGAACAUUUAACUACUACCAAAAGGAGUAUUUUUAAUGACGAAAUUAGUCAAAAUAAUGAUUUAGAUGAAAAUUUAAAUGAUUCUUAUAAUAAAGAAUGUGAAAAACGUACCAAUUAUAAUUCUGAUUAUAAAGAUAGUAAUGAAGAUAAUUUUUUUCAUUUUGGAAAAAUAGAUGUGUAUAAAAAAACAUAUGAAAUUUGUUCAAAUAUUUUAAAUAAUUAUUUUAACUUUUUUCAUCCUUUCUAUUUAGAUUUUUAUCUGUCUUUAGCUUGGUAUAAUAAAAGCGUUAAAAAAUAUAGAGAGUUUUUGUUUCUUUUGAGAGCUACUAUUUUAUUACAAAUAAAUAUGAGCUUAAAGAAUUAUAAUGAUAAAAAAUUUGAGAAUAUAAAUAUAAACGAUGAUUUUGACAAUAUUGUUUUUUCUAAACUUUAUAGAAAUAAAAAUAAUAAUGAAAAUUGUAUAUUAGAAGAAAAAAAUAAAAAUGAAUCCUAUUUUUUUCUAAAUGAUAUAUGUUAUCCUCAUGAAAAUUUAUUUUUAUAUGACAAUAUUAAAUUACUACCAAAAAAUAAUUCUUUUUAUAACAUUAGGUUGGCUUGCAUAUUACAUUAUUUUGCAAAUUCUCUGUUUUAUUACUAUAAUACUAAUAGAAUUAUAAGAAAAUAUAAAAGUAGUAAUUUUGUUUUGAAUAGUUCCUUUUAUUGUAUUAAAGUUUUAGAAAGUGUAAAGAAUAUAUUUCAAUUUUUUAAUACAAAAAAUAUAUAUAUGGCAAAAGUUUCAUUAGACUUGUCCUUAAUGACCUUAAAAAUAUUGUUUUCAGAAAAAGGAUCAAAAAUAAAUAAAAAUAAAAUGAUGGAAUAUGCUUUAAUAAAUGCUAAACAUGCAGAAGAGAUUUUUAGUCACAACUUUGGGAUAAAUCAUAUUGAUACAUUAUAUUGCAAUUAUGUUUUGGGUUUAAUUUACAUGUAUUUAAAUAAUAAAAGUUGUAUAUAUAGAUUGGAAGAAGUAUAUUAUUAUUUAAUGAACUAUAAUUAUAUAUAUCACGAUAAAAAUAUUAUAAAUGAAAUUUUUUGGUAUUUUCCUGAAAGUAUAGUAACAUUAAAAUGUGUCGAUGGUAGAGGGAUUUUAGAUAUAGAUAAAAUAAAAUGUCAUUUAUUCAGUGUAUACAUAAAUACUUUUAUUCCUUUUAGAUACUUAAAGAAAAUUAUGAAGAUAUUAUUGCUACUUUAUUCUACUGAAUUAUACAAGAAUAAAAAAAAUGCUGAGGCUUUAAAGUUGCCAACUGAUUUAUAUGAUUCUAAUUUAUAUUCUUAUGAGCAGAUUCUUGUGUAUAUAAAGACUUAUAAAUAUAUUUUAGAUAAAAAAGAGUUAUUUUCUCAAAUUUGUGAAUAUAACGAAUUGUUAAAAAAUAACAAAAAUAUAAUAAAGAAUAAGUUCAAAAAAAUAAAAGGAAAGGAAAUUUAUCCAUAUACACAAAAUACUAAUGUAAUAAAUUAUAAUUUUUAUGAUAACUAUAAUUUUGCAUUAGGAAAUUUUAUUAAGAAUACUCCAAAUUAUGAAAAUAAAAAUUUUGGUGAUAUUUUUUUUGUAAAUAAAAAGAGCAUUGAUUUUAUUUUAGAAAAUGAAAAUCAAAAUUUUAAAAAAUAUAAAAGUGUUACAGCAUAUUACCUAAAAAAAUUAAUAGACAAUGUUGAACAUAAAGUAAAAUUGUUAUAUGACGAGGAAAAAUAUUUAUUUGAUGCAAGAGGAUACUCCAAUAUAAAAAAUAACAAUAUGCAUUUAAAAAUGAUGAAAUGUAUUAAGUUAAAAAAAUUAAAUAGGAAUGCUUAUAUACAUAGUUUAGUUAAAAAUAAAAGUAAAAAUAUGAUAUUUGAUACAAGCACAAUUGAUAGUGUGUCAAUUUUUAAUUCAAACGAAAGCGAGCAUAGCGACUCUAGUAAUUCUUAUAAUUAUUCUGAUAGUUCAGUAGCAUCUUCUGUUAAUAGGAAUAAAUCUAAAAAAAAUAUUGAUAAUAAGAAAUUUUCAAGUAAAUUUUUUAAGUUUAAUAAUGAAAAAGCAUUAAAAGGAAAAAAUGUAUUAAUAUACAACAAUGAUAUAUAUAUUUUUAUGAGCAUACUUUAUUAUUUUUUAAAUUAUAAAACUUUUGAAAGAAUUUACACACAAACGAAAAAAUAG